CAUGCAGAAUUAUAUUUAUACACCAAGAAAGGUUGAUACCAAAAUUCACUGAAUUACAGUCAGCAGUAGAUUUGUACACACAAGUAUUAUUAAUACAUACUUACAUAAGUAUCUUUCAUCGAAGACUAAUCAAAUGCAUACAUAAGUGCAUAUGUAAAUAUGUACAUAUGCAUGUGGACCUCUUGCAAUAUGUUGACACAUUUGAUCCAUGGAGUAAUACACAUUUUUCAUCGAAUACGAACUUCUUGGAAAUGAGCUAUCUUAUCAUAUUUAUUGCAUUAACUGCAAUUUCGCUAAAUAUGUCAAAUGCAUAAUAUGUAUUUGUACACUAAAAAAGAAGGAUAGUUUGACAUUAGAGUUUCCUGUUUACCAAGAAUGCUUCGGUCACUUAUUUGGGAAAGGCAUUCAAAGAUUUCAUUGCUCCUCUUUUUCGUUGGGGUAUGUGUCCUGAUGUCUGCACGCGAAUCAGAAGCCGUGUGGGGUGCAGUCGCCAGAGGUGCGAUCAAUAUUGGACGGAAGAUUGGUGGGAGUGGAAAACCUGUUCAACAUUUUAAAAAUUUACCUAAUCGAAAGGCUGCUGAAAAUGCGGCAAGGAAUGCAGGGAAAGGAAAUACUCCAGUACGCCACACCCCUCACCAACCAGGACAAACACCUCAUUUCCAUCCGGCUGACCGAAACGGGAACAUCAUCAAGGAUGGGUCUCAUUACGGAUAUCCAAACAAAGGAUAAUUUAAUUUUAAGACCGAGUCGUUGCCAGGAACUCAAGAAAUUUGUGUUAUUCGGAUUUACUUGUUGUAGCUUAACAUUAAAUGCAUUAUUAUAAAUUCACAACAAUAGUGUGCAAUCAUUAAAUAAAUCCUAAAAUUUUCUUCAAGCUAA